AUGGGAAAACUGAUAGUGUCUGGAAGUAAAAACAAGGAAGAGCUGUGCCAGGACGUGUGUCCUCCAGGCUGGGUGAGCUUUGCGAACCGCUGCUUCCAAUACAUUGGAAUAGAGAAGACUUGGGCUGAUGCUGAGAUGGACUGUAUCGAAUUGGGAGGAAACCUGGCCUCGGUGCACAGUGAAGAGGAGGAAACAUUUCUGCUACAUCUGAUCGUGUCCAAAAGAGCAACUUCCACUUGGCUGGGAGGUAGUGAUGGCGAACAGGAGGGCAAAUGGCUCUGGAGUGACGGAUCAAAAUGGGCAUUCACCAAGUGGAAUGCAUGGGAGCCCAACAACUCUGGAACUGAAAACUGUCUCCUCACAUAUUGGGAUCACGGAAACUGGAAUGAUAUGAAUUGCAACAAUCAAUUUGCCUACAUUUGUGCCAUUAAUCCUUAAGCCACAAGAAAAUCUAUUGUUACUGGAGGGGAUUUAAGAUAAUAUGGCUAGAAAUAGUUAUUUAUCACUCUGAGAAUAAUUAUUUUCUGUAAUGGGGUUA